AUGGCUGAGGGACAGCAGGGUGGUGAUACAGGCGUUCGUAAGUACUUCUUUUUCAUCAAGGAAAAGGUCGCCUCAGAUUGGAAGGACCUGGCUUUCCAUCUUGGAUUUGAAAAGCCGGGCACCGAUAAUAUUGCCGGUAGUAACCGAGAUGACAAGUCUUGCUGUAUGCAUCUGUUGGAGGAAUGGCUCAAGCGCAACGGAGAGAGGGCCACCAAAGAGGUCCUGAUGGAGGCUCUGUCUAAAGCAAAGUUACAGAUUGAUGUGGCUGACUACUUCGACCAAGUCAUCGAGAACGUGAGCUACAAGUGGGAAGACUUGGCCCGGAAACUUGGGUUCAAACGAGGAGAGAUCAAAUCAAUCGAUGAAAUGUGUCGGAACCCUGAUGCCAGGUGCAGGGAAAUGCUUGAAAGGUGGCAAGGAAGAAACGCAGAUGGUGCAACCCUACAAGUUUUGAAGCAAGCCCUCAUCGACAUUGGCGAACGGCUGAGAGCAGAGAGCUUGAAGUUGAAAGAGUUUGGUAUGCAGCACACCUCAAUUGGGCAGCAGAGGGAGGAAAAAGAAAGCAGACAGAAAGAGUAUCCUUCUCCACUGCCCAUUGUAGUGGAAAUACUUGCACAAGUGUCACCAAGUGUUGCAACCCCACAACAACUAUUAAGCUUUGCUCGUGCAAGGACGACACUUGUUGAUCUCACAACUGUGACAGAUGAUACCCACCGUCUGUUGGAACAGCAACUGUCUGCUGAGAGUAUCACCGUGAAAGCCACCAUCAAAGUACAGGACUUUAGGAAGGUUCUGGUCUACCUCCUCACCACACCUCUUGUCAAAGGUCAAUCCAUAGCGAGGCUACCUCUGGAGUGCCCCCUUUAUCAACCACACAGCCGCACCAUUAGCAAUGUGCUGGAGGUACUUCAUCUUGAUGACAAAAACCUGCCAAGACCUUCAGGAAAACAGCACAGCCAGGAAUCUGUACAGCUAGAGGGCAGCAGUGAUGUUCCUGUGGCCAGCCUUGACAUAUUGCAAACAGGAGAGAGGGUGCACACUCCACCAUCCCUACAGAACUUUCGAACCGAAUUGCCUGUGGACAAAAACCUGACGGUACUACGGAAAUUGCGUAGGAAGAGAUCCACUGACCUGAAGAUGGAGUGUCCAGACUGUGGGGAGUCAGUGUUGAGAGCCAUGCAGAAGUUUUGCCACAAGUGUGGGACACAACUGCAGAAGAGACAGAAGUUCCAGGACUCUGGUGAUGGAGGAGUGGUCGUCGUUCCUACAUCCAGUACGGCGUCUGCUGUGUUAGCAGCGAAACCUGCCAACGAGCCAAACAGCAGCAAAGAAAGACCUUUAGACCUUGCAGUUGGUGAGGGAAGUGUGUCCAGCCUGUCAGCUGACCACAGACAAGAACCUACAGACAAGGCAAAGAAAGAACAGGAAAAUCAGUCAUAUUACAGACCCCCACCCAACAAGACUUCACACAAACCAGAAGUGACUGAAAGAGGAUCAACAAUGACCUUGCACUUCCAUGUCCUGGUUUCUCCUGACUUCAAAAUGAAGCCGAAAGUGGACCAGGUCCAUGUGAGAAGUGACAUAGUCGACUGGAAUGACUGGGAGAGCCUUGCUGUCCUUGAAAUUACACGGCACCUGAAAGAUGACUACCUGGUGGCAGAAGGCAAAUGCACUGUGAAUCUUGGAAGGAUUAGCAACAGAUACAUCUCAUUUAAGUAUGUUGUGGUCCACCAAGACAGCAAGAUGAGCUGGGAAUUCAUCCACUACAACAUGGGUGGUGUGAUGGUCAACAGAUGCUUCAAGCUUUCAGCUGAGGAGUGCCAACCAGGAGCCGAAGUCCACCUGUACAACGAUGUGAUGCAAGUGGAGCACGGACUUAAGGACAAAUUCAAGUCUAUCAUCGGCUGGAGUAGUGUGGAGAAGAAAGUCAUUCACGAUCGUCAAAUUGCUGCCCACACAUGGUUACCUCGAUGGAAAGGCUUCACAUGUGAUCAGCAAGGUGAAGAGCAACUGGCAUGUGAUGUCAUGAAGCAAGUCGAGGAUAUUUGCAAGUGGUUGACUCUGAGCCCGAUAUCUGCUGGUGCUAACAGGCGGGUCUGGGCACUUCAGGAUUUUUCCUUUGCAGAGGUACUGAUGGAGUACAUCCGCCCGAAACUGGACCAGCUGGAAAAGACAAAGGAACACAAGAAGGAGAGCCCAGAGGAAGCCCAGGCACGGAUUGUGUCUGCCCUCUCCCUGUGUUGGCUGGUGAACAGGUUCAACCUCCAACUGACUGAGAAACAGGUACACACCCUGUUUGAUGGGCUCCUCAUCAGGCCUGAUGUCAAGGACAAAAGUUGCCACGAAGUUGAGACCUUCUUUCUUCACUUCCUGGAUGGAAGGCUGAAGUCUGCAGAGAAGCCCCUUGCAGUGAUGAAGGAGCCUCCAGCCUUGUUUGAAGCAGACAGGCUGCUUGAGCGGUCUUGUGCAGCCAUUCUCACAAACAAGGAACUGUUGGACCCCCUGACAGUGAAGACAGCCAGCCUCCCAACUCUGUGUGCAGCCAUCGCUGUCAAUGUUGCAACUGGGUAUUCCCUAUCAGUCGAGGAAGAUAGACAGGCAGUCCUGGCACUUCUGGAAACAGCGACAGCACUUGCGGCUAGUAAAGGGGAUGAUGCAACAAGAAAAGAGGCAUGUCAGACCUUCUGCAUUGCGAAUGAGGUGUUGCUGAGCUGUUUGGAUGCCUGCACCUACCUUGAACGUCACCCGAUCCUCAUUGGUGCAGUACACCUAGCUGCGGCCUGUAUGAGUAAUCUUUGGCUACUCAUGGACUCUGCAACAGACGCCAAGGCACAAAACAUGCAGACGAGUAUGAAGAAACUCAUUGAGAAUGUAACAACCCCCAAUGUGAUGAAGUGGUUGGACAAAAAGCUGAAUGUGAGAAUCUCCCCUUAUGCAGCAGGGGAAGAGAGUAAGGUAUGGCUGGGUGUUCUCAGUGUAGACUGGGGAAAGGAAGAGGUGAACAACUACUGGAACAAAAGGCUGCUGGGGAAUUUACAUCAACGGCUCCUUGCUAUCUCCCCAAUGGAACGUGUGGAGCUGUUCUGUUCUCUGGACACCUCCACCUUCCCCCAGCACCUGGCACAGUGCUACAGCGAUGCAGCUUUUGAAGCAGUGGAUGAUAUUGUCAAGAGUAAGAAUGGUCAGCAGAUCGUUGCCAGCUAUGCAAGGUCACCAGAUGAGUCCAAAUACAAGUAUGGCAGCUUGUUCUCCAGAAUGCUGCGGCGAACAUGGCCAGCAACCAACGAUGGAAGAACACCACCCACAGACUUGAGGCUCCUUCAACACAUGCUCACAUGGCAACCUUGUGCUGGGAUCCUCAAACUCUUUGGAGAGGCAUCAGAUCUGGCGAAUUUCCUGAAUGAGGACAGCCAAACCCACAUUGCCUCCUACAAAUCCCUCCUGGGCACAGCAGUCCAGGAGCUCACAAAAGGCAGCAUCAUCAUCAGCCACCUCCAGCUCCUCCUGCAGCACAGGAAACAGUUCCUAGAACUCUGCAAUGCCGUGGCUGUCAGGAGUACAAAGGAAGAACAGGAAGAUAAAGCCAGGAAGGCCAAAGGAAGUGGGAAGCAUGAUGCAAGCAUGGUAGUAAGAGUGGGAGAUACUGCCUGGCCUGUCAAGCAGCUAGAGAAGGUCCUGGACUGGAGAGGAAAGGAAAUGGAAGCAAUCAAGACGGAAACAAGGCAGAUUGAGUGUUUCCUCAGCAUGUGUGAAGACAUCAAACCAGUUACCUGUGAAGAUCUGGAGCAAAAGGUCCGAAGAGACAAAUCAACCAUGUCCCUGAAUGAGCUGUGUCAACCGGUGGCUGGUGACAACAUUGUCAAAGUUUCCUUUGACCUAACUCAACCACCCAACGUCACCUACUUUGGCAUCACUUCCGAGUUCAGGGAGAUGUUGACCCUCCUGGAAAAUCUCAGCAAAUGUACCGUCUUCAACAAGAUCUGGGAGAAGAUGAGACCAACACAGGCUGGUGAAGAAGAGGAGGCCCUCCCCGCACUUUCUGUGGAUGGUGUUCUCAGCCAAGUGUGGACGCCCGUCUACCAGAAGUGGCUGGAACUGCGCCAGAACGUCAAAGAUGGGAAGAUCACGCUUCAGGAUGUAGACGAGACGUUUGGGCAGUUCAAGAACGAGUACAGGAAGCUUGAGAACGAGCUGAAGAUGCUGGCGAAGAAUCCGAGUGAGGGAUGGGUCAAGGAGCGUGUGCUACAGAUAGAGCAGUACCACCAGCUGAACAAGCACCUGGACGCAGCAGAUGUGGUGAAAGACGUCAAGGAAAAGUACAAUUUGAAGGGAGACUUCAAAGGAGUGGAGAUCCUGCUGCAUUCGAAAGCCACAAACUUCAAGCAGAAUCCACUGAGUUCCAUCAACAGGAAAGUGGUGAAUGCAGGGAAACUGCUGACAGAGAUGACAGAGGAGAAGAUAGAGAGCCUCAGGAAGUUUGUCAAGUGUCAGCGACUGGUGGACUGGCUGAGAACAAAGAUCCAUGAUACGAAGGAACUGAAGGUGCUUGUGGACCUGGCCAGCAUCUCAGCUGGAGAGAGUGACAUCGAGGUGGACAAGGUGAACUGCCUCCUGUCUGCCGGGGUGGGAUAUGCACCGCUCAUCUAUGACCUGGACGAAGACUCCAACUUUGACACGCUGAUGAAAUGCUGCCGGCAGUUCUGGGCCGCCCUGGAGAAAGACAAACACCUGCCCAAGAAACUGAUGGACACCUGUCGUAACCUGGAGUGGCUGAAGGGUGUGAGUGACUCCCAUGGUCCUGUGGAGAUGUCCUCCCUGUCUCAGACAGAAGCCAUCAAUGCCAGGGGUGUCUACCAGAUCGGAUGCUUUGGGCAAAAUCAGUCUCUGAAUGACCUGGAGUCGGUGGUCCGAUUGCAAGUAGAAGGAGCGGAGUUUGAGGAUGAUGAUGAUGAAGACAUGGCUGUGAAGGAGUACAACCUGUCCAUGCUGAAGAGUCUGCAGAGUAAACUCAUGCUGCUGGCUAGGAAAGCUGACAAGGGCAGCCAGGAAGUGGACAGAUUUGUGGAGAUUCUAACAGGUGUGAUGAGACUUGGCCAGGCCUACGUUCACCUCUACAAUGCCAGGGCAGUCCUGUUCAACAACUGGAAUGCAGUUGUGUACUGUGACGGCAACCGAAGGGUCAAAGUCAUGGUCAACUUUGGCUUCGGCACAGAAGCCCUCUACGGAACCAGGGCAGCCGUUGAAGACCAGCUGACCCAGCUGGCAAAGUACAUGGAGAUGUGUCUGGACGAUUGGCUCGGCACCAUGGACAAAGCCAGACUGGAGUGUGAUGAACUGAAUCACUUCACCACCGAGCAGAUCGUGGUUCUCCGUAAAGCUCUGGCAAAGAUGAUCGACCUCAGUGAAACGGUGACCCCCCAGGUCCUGGCCUUGCUGUCCAGCAUCAAGCCACUGUGCGCCGAAGAUGACAUCAGGAGGGCCAUGUCACAUGUUGCUGGGGACAUCGACGCAAUGGAGGAAGAGAAUGUCAAAGAAGAGCCAAUGGUUGAAGAGACAGCAAAGAAGACUUGGUCCAUGGAUGAUGAAGAAAAGGAGGAGUUCGUGGAGAAGCUGAAACAGAUGGUGCCUGAUUUGACGGACCAUGUUGCCUUGGCGGCCAUGAAGGCUACUAAAGGUAACGUUGAGGAGGCUGUCGGAUGGUGCAUCAGCAACAUGGACAAUGAUGACAUGAUUGAAGAGAUCCUCAACAGCAAUGAGAGAGAUGAGGAAGAGAUGGUUACUUCCAUACAGGAACCUGUGUCCCUCGCUGGCUUCACCAGCAUGUCACUGUCCAGAGGGGAACCCAGGAAAGAGACAAUGAUCAAAAGAAUGGAGUCAGUUUGGGGAGAGUACCUGACCACUGUCAAGUCCACCACGUUUGAGGAGUACAUCAGCAUUGACCACCUGGCCUUGGUGCUGAGGAAUCUCUCCAGCACUGCAAACAUUGCUGUAGGUCGACAGUGGCCAAGCCGUUUCUUGGAGGCAGGCAAGCCCAACCUUGUAGUGUGUCCUCAAGACGACAUCUGGCAGACAGUGUUGUCCCUGUACAUGCAGGGCCAGACCACACAACCCCUCCCCUCCUACAGGGAGGUGCUCAUCUGUACUCCUCACACUUCUCUGGAAGAGGUGGUUCUGCUGUGGAGGAGAGCUGUAGGAGACCAGACUGGAGGGAUCUUCUGUCUGGUUGCUGCCGACCAGCUGGACUAUGAUGUCAGCGUCAGGGCAGAGGAGAUGAGGUGCAAACUAUUCCAAGGAAAAGCAGGUUACCAUGUUGUAGUAGUGUGUGCAUCAGAGAGACAGCACCAGUCGUACAUGGUGACCGCCCUGGACCAGUACAAGGUGCCCAUCCCAGAUGUGCCCUCCCAGGAGCACGUCCAGGAGUAUCUGCUGUCACAGUUCCAGCAGCAGGAUACUGGCUCAACUCUGCUGGCGUCCGUUGUAGAUCACCAACGCCUGGUGGGGAGGGACGGGUCUGUGUGGAGACGUCUACCCUGGGACCUGUACGUGGUGGAACACACCUACAAACCACAGGCUGCUGACACACAGAAGAACAGAGAAGAGCACAAGUCGUUUGUGUCCAUGCUUCCGAGUGUGACUUGCAUAUCUCCCAGACAGACCUACAACUUGCUGACAAAAAAUCAACAAGCCAUUCCAGGUUUGUGUCAGGUGGAUGAGGUGAUGUUCAGGAGUGUAGAGUACCAGCGUCCGUACCAGUACCUCCGGAGGUGGAUGGCCAACGUCAACCUGGACACCUUCGUGUUCACACCCACCAGCACAGAAGGAACCCAUCAGGACUUCCUGCACACAAUUCUCAGUUACUGUGGGAUGGAGGAUCCGUCCUGGGCUGAGCUGCUGCACUUCCUGUCCUUCCUCAACUACCAGCUGCAGGACUACGAACACUCGGCCUUCUGUCUGGACUUCCCCAGGGACACCCUGCCCGGCUUCAGGAAGUUUGUGGUGCAGUUCAUGAUCAUCAUGUCCAAGGAUUUUGCUACUCCAUCCCUGAACAUGAGUGACCAGAGCCCUUCCCUGAAGUCGGCUCCUUCAGACGAUCUGGAACAGGCAGAGAUUCAGCAGUUGCAGCUGAGGAGAACCUGGGAGAACAGCCCUCACCCGUACCUGUUCUUCAAUGCUGACCACAACACCAUGACGUUCCUGGGAUUCUAUGUGGACCAUGCGGGGAGUGUGAUCGAUGCCUCCGGGCAGCUUCUGGAGCAGAACGUCAUAUCUGGUAAUCUGUACCAGGGAAUGGCCAGUAACGGGGUCAAGUUUAAUGUCACCUUUGAUGACCUAACUAGAUUUGAAAAAAUCCAGAAGUUGUGCUUUGUGAUGGGCAUUCACAAUGUGUUCUAUGAUCCUGACCCAUCCUACGAACUAACAACAGACAACGUCAAGAAGAUCCUGGCUAUUCAUAUGAGGUUCAGGUGCAACAUCCCUGUCAUCAUCAUGGGAGAGACGGGCUGCGGGAAGACCAGGCUCAUCAGGUUCAUGUGUGACCUUAAGGCAGGUCACGUCAAGGGCAAGAAACAUCCCAAGAAUAUGAUCAUCAUGAAGGUCCAUGGUGGAGUGAGGGCAGAGGACAUCAUACGUAAGGUGGAGAGAGCUCAGCAGACUGCCAGGGUCAACAGGGACAGGCACAACAUCGACACUGUGCUGUUCUUUGACGAGGCCAACACCACAGAGGCCAUUGGCCUGAUAAAGGAGAUCAUGUGUGAUGGGACCAUCGCAGGACAGCCUCUCAACAGGCAAGACGGCUGUCUCAAGAUCGUCGCUGCCAUUAACCCAUACAGAAGACACACAGAUGACAUGAUCAGGAGGCUGGAGGAGGCAGGACUUGGCUACCAUAUCAAGGCCACAGAGACAAAGGAUAGGUUUGGUCACAUCCCCCUGCGUCAGCUGGUGUAUCGUGUCCAGCCCCUCCCCCCCAGCAUGCUGCCGCUGGUCUGGGACUUCGGCCAGCUCAGCAGUGAUGUGGAGGAGAAGUACAUCCUGCAGAUGGUCAACAGAUGUAUAAAAAAUAACAACCUACCUGCUACCGGUAACACGCCCAAGGUUGUGAGUGCUGUACUGGCUGCAUCCCAGCGCUACAUGCGGAGCAAAAAGGAUGAGUGCAGUUUUGUGAGUCUGCGUGAUGCGGAGAGGACCCUGACAGUCCUGUGCUGGUUCUACCAAAUGUCUGGCAAACUGAGGGAACUGAUGCCAGAUACAGGAAGGAGCACAAGUUCGAAUGCAGAAAUAUCUGACUUCACCAGAGCUCUAGUCCUGGCCAUCGGUGUCUGCUACCACUCCCGUCUGGAGACCAGGAAACAGUACAGAAGAUACGUGGCUCAACAUUUCACAGACACCUGCCUGCUUCCCCAGGGACCUCAGACAGUGGAACAGGAGAUAGACAGAUGCCAGGAGGCGUUCCUUGAUGAGCUGAAGGACCACCUGGGAGCAAACAUUGCCUGUAACAUGGCGCUGAAGGAGAACGUGUUUAUGAUGGUGGUGUGUAUCGAGCUGCAGAUCCCGCUCUUCCUGGUGGGCAAGCCGGGCAGCUCCAAGUCUCUCGCCAAAACUAUCGUGGCAGACGCCAUGCAGGGAGACUUUGCACCUUCAUCCUUGUUUAAAGGUCUCAAACAGGCCCAGAUGGUUUCCUUCCAGUGCAGCCCACUGGCCACACCAGAAGGCAUUGUGGGAACGUUCCGUCAGUGCAGCAAGUUUCAGAAGGACAAGGACCUGUCCCGCUUCGUGUCUGUGGUCGUGCUGGAUGAGGUGGGACUGGCAGAGGACUCACCCAAAAUGCCUCUCAAGACCCUGCAUACACUGCUGGAGGAUGGGUAUGAGGAGGAAGAUGAUGAUGAUGAUGACUCAGAGGAAGAAGAAGAAGAGGAAGAAGAAGAAGAGGAAGAAGAAGAAAAGGAAGAAGAAGAAGAGGAAGAUGAAGAAGCCCCAGAUCAGACAAGAUCCCACAAGAAGGUAGCAUUUGUGGGGAUCUCCAACUGGGCUCUGGACCCUGCUAAGAUGAACAGGGGCAUCUUUGUGUCCAGGGGGAAGCCAAAGAAAGAGGAUCUGACCAAGAGUGCAAGGGGUAUCUGUGAGAAUGACCACCAUGUCCUGGCCAGUAUGAAGACUCUCCUCCCACAACUGUGCGAAGCUUACCUGAAGCUCUACAAUUCUCAGGACAGGGAGUUCUUUGGCCUUCGAGACUUUUACAGCCUGGUGAAGAUGGUGUAUGGUUUCUGUAAGACAUCCGAGAGACCCCCCACCAAGGCUCAGGUGGUCCAUGCCGUCCUGAGGAACUACGGAGGCAGGGAUGAUAUGGACCCACUGCAGAAGUUCGAACAAGUGCUAGGGACACUCCCAGAUGACAAGCAUGCUGAUGACCCAGACUGCACUCCAAGUGGUCUGAUCCGAGCAAGUGUCCAGGGCAUGCACUGUGAAGGGGAGAGCCGUUACCUGAUGGUGCUGACUCAGAACUAUGCAGCGCUGGGGAUCCUGCAGCAGGAGUUACUGUCCAUGUCUGACACAGUCAUCAUCUUUGGCAGCAGUUUCCCUAAGGACUUGGAGUACACACAGGUGUGUCAAAACAUCAACCGUAUCAAGGUGUGUAUGGAGACUGGGAGGACUGUGGUGCUGCUCAACCUGGAGAACCUGUAUGAGAGUCUUUAUGAUGCCCUCAACCAGUACUAUGUGUACUUCGGAGGUCAGCGGUAUGUGGAUCUGGGUCUGGGCACACACAGGGUCAAGUGCCGAGUCCACCAAAACUUUAGGCUGGUAGUUAUUGCAGAGAAGGACAUUGUGUAUGAGAGGUUUCCCAUCCCACUGGUCAACCGUCUGGAGAAGCACUUCCUGGCCAUCUCCACUGUCCUGUCUCCCCAGCAGAAGGCCAUCGCUCACAGACUGGAGCAGUGGGCCGAGGCUUUCACCACACAGAGGACUGCACCUCAUGAAACUGUCAAGCACAGGUACACAGUAGGAGAUGCCUUUGUCGGCUACCAUCCCGACACAGCCGCUACCGUGGUGUUCCAGGUCUGCUCAGAGAUGAGUGGGGUAGACACAGAUGACCCUUCACUGGAGGAACAGAUACUACAGAAGGCCCAGGACCUUCUCCUCCAGUGUGCCACACCAGACGCUGUGGUCAGGCUGUCCAAGUCCAAACUGUCGUCAGAAGAAGCUGCCCUGAAGGACAAGUACUUCCAUCAGCAGCACCACUCCUGUCUGCAGGAGUUCCUGUGUCACAGGAUCCACCAGGCUAGACAGGCAGGAGGGUGGCAGCAGGGCAUACUGACACAGGUGACAACCCACUCCAAGCUACUGUCUCACACAGAUGCCCAGAGGCUGGCCACAGCUCUGGACCUGCCACCUUCUCAUGUAGCCGUCAUGUCACUGCAACAGUUCGACACUGAGCAUCAGUUCUGUAAGCAAAUCAGAGAUUUCCUGACAGGAACACUGCACGAGGAGUCCGUCCUGGUGGUCCAGUGUGACUCCGGCCACACCAACAGUAACCUGAUAGCCUGCGCCCGGUACUGCGUGCAAGACGAGCAGACACAGGUGGGCAACACCACGGCUCACCUGGUCUUCAUCGUGCAGCUGCCCCGCCUGCCGAGAGGCUGCUUCGUGGGGUUCCAGGGCGGCCGGUGGACGUGUGUGCACAUCGACGACCUGCAGCCGCCGCAGAGGAACGCGCCCGACGUGAGCGAGAUGAUCAACAAACCCAUCAGUCAGCUACUGGGUGGGCACAGGAGGGAGGAGGACACACGCUCCAUGGACAUGGAUGCCGAAGAGGAGGAGGAGGAGAACUUUGUUGACAGAUCAGUACAGAUGGAGGAGGAGGAUUCUGUCCAUGGUACUGAAGCUGGUGUGGAAGAGGACAUGGAUGUAGAGGAGGAUGAAGAACCCCAGGAGGUUACCAUGGAGAGAGAUGGUGGGGAUACUCUAGAAGAGAUGGACCUGGAUGACAUUGGGCUUGAACUCACUGCUGACAGGGAAGAGGUAGACCCAAAACCAAAGACAACCAACAAAUAUAAGGAGGUGUCUGUGUUGGAUGAUAAGAUGCUCCUGGUCAGCUGUAUCCAGGCAACAGCCGCCAUGCUGGAGGAUCCAAAGCACCUGCCAAAGAGAAGGACUGUGACCAGGAUUGAGAAGCUCAUGGAGCUUCUGCAGGAGAGGGCGGAGAAAGGUCCCAGUUUCUGUGAUGUGGUGAAGGCUUGCAUUGUGCAGCUGCUGGAAGAGAAGGAGAGGAACAAAGCAGACGGAGGUGUGAACUGGCUCACUAACGAGGCUGCUACACCCAAGGCUAUCACAGAAGCAGGGACACUCAGACAAUCAGCCUGGAACCACCUGUCCUCGGUGAUAGCCCCUCUGCUGGCCGAGAUUGUUGCCUACGCUGACAGGAACUGUAACCUGGACCACAUGGUCACCCCUGCUGGAGAGUGGACUGUUCCAAUCUUCCUGGACAUCCUGAGCGACAAGCACCUGGUGCCUUUCCACUACAGUGACAUGCUGUCUCCUGUUAUGAAUGUACAACGUCAAAAGAUCCCAGUGCUGAGUUCAGGAUGUGGUGAACAGCUGUUUGAGUGUAGGGUGCCUUUCUCCUGGGUCAUCCGAGGUCAGGUGGACGCCAUGCUGAAGACUGCACAGAAAAUGGAAGCAUUGACUUGUGAGAGUCCGGAUCAGGCCCUGCCCAGGCUGUUUAGGGAAUCCACCAUUGGCAAGAUUAUCCACAGAGCAGCUGAACAGGACCAGAGUGAGGAGGACAUCGCUGCCAGAUAUCUGCACGACUACGUGUGGAUGACUUACAGGAUGGUCACAACAUCAGCUGAAGAGAUGAAGAUGGUCUGCAGUGCUGUAGAAUUGUCUGCCAGAGAGCUGCAUGCCCAGUCUGGAUCAGAAGAGCCAUUCUGCAUGACCAUCCCAGCCGUCCACACUGCCUUCAGCCGUGUGCAGGGCCGUCUGCACAACCUGGCCCAGCUCCUGGAGACCACACCCAGCCUGCUGGAGAAACUCUGUCAGGUGGACUUUCAGUCAGACACAUCAAUGACUGUAGACACCACAGCAGUGCUGGCAGUGUUGGAGAGCCUGACACCAGAAGCACACAACAUGGCCACCCCUGCAGAACGACAGAGCUGGCUGGGGCGGAUGCAGUGUGUGGCUCCUGUGGUGGAGCGGGUCUUCGCUUCUGCUGCCUCCCCCGACAACAGUGUGUGCUACGGGGAGAAGAGCCUGACUCAAGUAAACAUGGCAAGAUUCCUGUGGAUCAGACUACAGACCCUGCAGAUGUUCAUGAAGCACAUGUUCACAUCUGCUGACAGUGAGGAGUCCCUCAGCACCAAGCAGAUGGAAGUGCUGUGGAAGGUCCUCGGCAAUGAACCUCAGAAUGACUUUAAGAGUGUGAAGACCAUGAAGACAGUUGAGAGGUUCCUGAAAUCCUGCAAUAGUCAGGCUGGCAUCAAGCACUUCAGUGGAGGCGUUCGAGAGUGCAUGAUUUGCCAAGAGGGGUUGAGGGAACCAGUGAAACUGCCGUGUGACCAUGUCGGCUGCCAACAGUGCCUGCGGAGAUGGCUGACUCCUGAUAGACAGAGCUGUCCACUGUGCCAUGCUGUAGUGCCUGAAGAUUUCCAGUGUACUGUUACCUUGGAAUGCAGUGACAGGGAUGCAGUGGAGAAGCACAAUGCCUACAGACGUUGCUGCAACUCUUUCUUCAUGGAGCUGGUGUCUCGCUUCUGUUUCGCUGGCGGCACGCCUCCAGAGGCAGGAGUGGUGGAGAUGCUCCUUAACUAUGUGGUAAGAAAAGGAACUACUGCCAAGACCAAGAAGUUCACACUGUUCGAAGAUGACUGCAUCGACCAGACACCUGUCAUCCGCCUGUUCCUUCUGCAACUUCUGCUCCGAGCAAAUUCCCAGGAAGUCAUAGAUCACAUGGAGAGGUACCUCCAGGCUGCCCGAGGCUUUGUGGUGGACAAGCAAGAGGUCAUUGAACUUUUGGUCAUCUACGUCCAAUGCAUGGAGGACUCUUACAAGCAAGAAGCUGCCCAGUCCCAUGACACAGAGACAGCUAUGCUUGAAGUUGCUGUCUCCAAACUCCAGCAGGCUGGCAGGCAGGCACACCGGAACCCACCGGGCCUGUCCGUGGCCACACUGCUGUUCAUCGCCAACAUACGGUUUGGACUGUCCGUCGCUGCACAGCUCCUACAUGAGUACCAUGGGAGGAGGGCUCUCUCAGUGCAAGAGGAGAAGAGACUGGUGAAGAGGACACAUUACAGGCUGACCAAGAGGCUGCUGGACCAGGCCUGGCGGCUGUGUGAACAGCUGGAGUGGAGGUGGCCGCAGGUGUUCCUCCUGAAGCAGCUGUACCGUGGCUGUGGCCUGGACAGCCUGCUGAGUGUGACAGAACAGGCACAGCUGCAUCAGCACCUGCAGUGGAUCAUCCCACCGGAGGCCAGGGGUGGGAAGGAGGAGAUCAUCCCAGAUCGUUUCAUCGUGUGUGGAGAGGACUACCGACAGCUGAGGGAAGAACUGGCCAAGUCCAUGGUCAGUAAGAACAUGGACGCUGUUAACGAUGUCCUACAGGCUAUGAACAUUCCCGUGAACGUGCGAGAAGUUGAGCUCCUGCUGGCGUUGUACCGGGAGGUCACGGUUUCCCGAGCCAACACCAACCAGGCCCGCCAUCCAUCCCAGGAUUACAUCACAGUCUCCCACCAGUACCUGCACAACUCUCCUGUCCUAGCCAACAAGCAGCUCGCUAUGGAACUGCUGACAAACAACCAGGGUGGUGGUAACCUUACCCUUACAGUGACACCAAACCAGCCGCCCAUCCAGAGGACCCUGUCUGCACUGGUGAUCCACACUGCUGCUGUUCUGGGUACAGGUGUGGGAGGACUUCUACUGCCACUCCAGACCCUCCUACAGAACCCACAGAACCACGCUGGUUCCUACUUCCCAACUAUGCCAGAGGACGUGUUGAUGGAGGCACGUCAGGCACUAGCAGAGCAUGAAGCACAGCUGCUUCGCUGGUUCCAGUGUGUGAAUGGACACCCUUACGCCAUCGGGGAGUGCGGUCAGCCCAUGGAGCAAAGCCGCUGUCCUGACUGUGGGGCGGCCAUUGGAGGGAUUAACUACCGUCCUGUUCAGGGAAUGCAGGCUGCCAGAAACAAUGACACCACCAGACCUGGUCACAUCCUGGGCCCUGCAGCCAACAGGCCGGCUGUGCCCAUCUCUGAGCGAGCCUUGUCCGUAGUGGCCACCUGUGUGGUCAGACUGGUCAUGCAUGCAGCCAUGGUCAAGGCAGCUACCCACAAUCCUCAGGGUGUUGCGAAUGUGAUCGACCCCAGACCGCCCAAUCCCUCACAGUUCCUGUGGCAGCACCUUGAACUCGACCUUCAGCAGCUGGGCCGUGCCCUUGGCAGGAGUGCAGACGAUGCCGCUCUGUUCAUGCACCUCAUUCUGCACGACCUUCUCACACCGGAGGCACAAGCGGCUGCAGGUGACUGGUCCUCCAAGGCAAGCCGGAGGCAGUGGGAGGAAGCCUUCAUGGUCAGAUGUGUCAACCCCAUCCUACACCAAGGUCUAGACGCCCUGCUGCAGCAGACUAACGCAGCGCUACACACCGACGACCGGCUCAGUAACAACCCGCUGCUGCAACUGCUGUGUGAGGUGGUGACUCCCCGGGACAGGCUGGACCUGGACAGGCUGGCGGACCUGCCGGAGAUGUGGAGACACCGGCCACAGAUCAACCUGGAGAGUCUGACUCAAACAAUGGCAGAGAACCAGCUGCAGCUGCCUGUGCUGGAGAAGUUCCUUGCUGAGAAAGAGGUACUGGAGGCCAUGAGACACCUGCCAGACAUCCUCCGUCUACAGAAGCUGCUCAUCACACAGUAUCAGGGACACAUUGAUGUAGCCGAGGCAAUGUCCAUCAAGGUCAGCGACUUCCUCAACAAACAGCCUGAAGGUGCUGUGUACGAGGAGUUCCGCCAGCUGGUGGAAAGUUUCCGUCUAACCUGGAACCUGAUACGCCACCUGCUGGCCAGAACCACAUCUCAGGCAGUGCCAAGGGAACUGUGUCAAACGACUUUUGACCCUGUGAGAACCAGCCUGUACCAUCUCCUCCCCAUCAAGAGAACAGUCGUGCCAACCUCCUGCUCCACAGCGCUGGUGCUGUUCCUGGCCAGCGCACACAACAGCUUUGUACUGGAGACACAGGGCCAUGCAGCAGCACAGAGCUCUAGUACCAGUAGAUCUGUCCUGCUGAGUGAUGUGAACACGGCCCAUGUGGUGUGCUGUCACCCUGACCAGGACCUGCUGCCCCUGGUGCUGUCCCACUGCUGUUACUCGCUGGCGGUGGGGGAGGGCAGCAGGGUGGAGUACGACCUCCCCGCGCUGGAGAGACAGCUGGUGGAACGCUUCGUCUCGGGAAAACCCUGGAUCAACGAUGAGUUUGAAACAUUUGUCUUCAGACAAGAGACCAAGAAUGUUGCUAUGUACAAGAGCUUGAGAGACAAGAUUCCACAGGAGCCUCUAUCCAAAGCUGUUCAGAUGCACAUCCUUCAAGAGCUGGGGACUCUCACCAACGUUUGCUCCUCUCUGGCUGCUGUGGACAUUGCCUUGAUCUUCCUGGCAACUACUGGAGGAGACCCCAGCACCCCUAUAAGGGAGUACUUACACAGAGUGUUGAAAAUGUAUGCGACUGCUGGCUUGCACAGCGUGAAGGCCAACCAGCACUGUCGUCUCAAACACAUCCUGUCUCUGUGGCAACUGUUGGCCGUGCAGCGAGCAAGGAUGUCCCUGGAAAAUGGUCAGGAUCCAUUUGAGGAUAUGCCUCAGCAGUAUGGGGAGAAACUGGACAAGUCUGAAGCCAGGACGCUGAAGGAGGCCUUGAGACACGUCAAUGUUGACAGUCUGCUGGCUGAGCUGUAUGAACUCAUCACUGUCGCAGAAGAACAAACCAGGCACCCGGAGUGGAGCAUGAUGGCUACCCUGAGGGCUUACAUUGAUGACAAGAACGCUCCUGAAGUGGAAGGGCUUGACGAACACUUCCCACCGACCAUCCUGAUGAAGCAUGCCUACUACACGUGGAGGAUGGUGGCAAUGUACAGGCCACACGAGGAACAAGAGACAUCAAAGAGAGGCGCAAACAGACUGAGACUCUGAAAGACCAAAUUUACUCCACAGAGACCAUGAUUGUAUAUAUUGUCACUAAAGCUAUUGCUGGAUCUAUAGAACUGUAAUUGUUUGUUUACAGCUAUGUCAAAUUAUGAGUGACAAUUUGUUGUGCAGCGAUGCCACAUAUAACAUUAUAUGAUAUAGAUGAUUUACAUGAAAUAUAUGGAAUUGAAUAUGUUUGCUCUGAAGACCAGUACAUGUACAUACUACAUGUAUUAACUAGAAGGAGAAGAAUGUUAGUUGGUUCAAAUAAGGAUACAUGUAAUGUUACAUCCUUACAGACUGUUGAAAAGAUAGCACAUGUAGUACAUGUAGUACUGUUAGUUAUGCAGAUUAUGUUAAUGUAAGGUGUGUUACAUAAAAUUAUCAGGCCAGUUUGAGAGUAUAACUACAUGUAGGUUAUGCUUACUUAUGGUUGGCCUGGUUUUGGAGUGAGAUGUGUACAUGUACAAUGUUUGUGUGUAGCAUGUACAUGUUGAACAUUAGUAUGAAUUGGACACAAGAACAAUCACCAAAACAUGAGGAAAUAUGAAUGGACAUUCCAUAAAGUUUAGGGAUUCGCAACCUACAAGUUACUUUUCUUACUAUUAAAUAUGAAUAAUGCUUGUAGAUGGCUUGUAAUUCUAGAGAUGUUUGUUUGGUAAGCUAAGGAUGAUUAGCUAAUAAGAGCACUGAUGAAGCGAUGUUACAAAUUCGUUAAUGUUUUAGGAUAAAGUGUUUAUAUGCUUCUUUCUUUCUGUCUUUUUGUUUGUUUGCCCUGGCC